CGUGCCUUUCCUGCAUCAACACUGGAACAGCAUUUCACAUGGCAGCUUUUCGGACCACUCCAUGGAGGCUGAUUUCUGGGGUCUUAGGAGUAAUGUGCCUUUUGUCGGUGGCUGCUUUGGGAGUUUUGUUGAAAAAUUCAUUUACUAAACAAAGUGUUCAGCCAACAUUCUCUCCAGGACCCUCCACAGAUCUCCAGGAAGGAUCUGGCUGCUGUUCUUGCCAAGAAAAGUGGCUUGGCUACCAAUGCAACUGCUACUUCAUUUCUAAUGAAUUAAAAACAUGGAAAGACAGUAGAAAUUUUUGUGUUUCUCAUAAUUCCAGUCUACUUCAGAUACAAAAGAGAAAUGAACUGCAUUUUAUGAACUCCAGUUCCUAUUAUUACUGGAUUGGGCUCUCUUACAGUGAAGAACAUCAUGCCUGGUUGUGGGAGGAUAAUUCUACUCUCUCCCAAGAUCUAUUUCUAUCCCUUCACCCUCUAAAUCCAAAGAACUGCAUAAUAUAUGGCCCAAGCGGAAGUGUUUUCGAUAUGGACUGUGGAAGUAAAUAUCGUUAUAUCUGUAAGCAACAGCUUAUUUAG